AUGUACAGCAUGAUGAUGGAGACCGACCUGCACUCGCCCGGCGGCGCCCAGGCCCCCACGAACGUGUCGGGCCCGGCCGGGGCGGGCGGCGGCGGCGGCGGCGCGGGAGCCAAGGCCAACCAGGACCGGGUGAAGCGGCCCAUGAACGCCUUCAUGGUGUGGUCCCGCGGGCAGCGGCGCAAGAUGGCCCAGGAGAACCCCAAGAUGCACAACUCGGAGAUCAGCAAGCGCCUGGGCGCCGAGUGGAAGGUCAUGUCCGAAGCCGAGAAGCGGCCUUUCAUCGACGAGGCCAAGCGGCUGCGCGCGCUGCACAUGAAGGAGCACCCGGACUACAAGUACCGGCCGCGCCGCAAGACCAAGACGCUGCUCAAGAAGGACAAGUACUCGCUGGCCGGCGGGCUGCUGGCGGCAGGCGCGGGCGGCGGCGGCGCGGCCGUGGCCGUGGGUGUGGGCGUGGGCGUGGGCGCGGCGGCCGUGGGCCAGCGCCUCGAGAGCCCGGGCGGCGCGGCGGCCGGCGGCUACGCGCACGUCAACGGCUGGGCCAACGGCGCCUACCCCGGCUCGGUGGCGGCGGCGGCGGCCGCCGCGGCCAUGAUGCAGGAGGCGCAGCUGGCCUACGGGCAACAUCCGGGCGCGGGCGGCGCGCACCCGCACGCGCACCCGGCGCACGCGCACCCGGCUCACCCGCACCCGCACCACCCGCACGCGCACCCGCACAACCCGCAGCCCAUGCACCGCUACGACAUGGGCGCGCUGCAGUACAGCCCCAUCUCCAACUCGCAGGGCUACAUGAGCGCCUCGCCCUCGGGCUACGGCGGCCUCCCCUACGGCGCCGCGGCCGCCGCGGCCGCCGCCGCGGGCGGCGCGCACCAGAACUCGGCCGUGGCGGCGGCGGCGGCGGCGGCGGCCGCGUCGUCGGGCGCCCUGGGCGCGCUCGGCUCGCUCGUCAAGUCGGAGCCGAGCGGCAGCCCUCCGGCCCCGGCGCACUCGCGGGCGCCGUGCCCGGGGGACCUGCGCGAGAUGAUCAGCAUGUACUUGCCGGCCGGCGAGGGCGGCGAUCCGGCGGCGGCGGCGGCCGCAGCCGCGGCGCAGAGCCGGCUGCACUCGCUGCCGCAGCACUACCAGGGCGCGGGCGCGGGCGUCAACGGCACGGUGCCCCUGACGCACAUCUAG